GCCCGGUAUAAAUCCCCGGUGUCAACAAAGAACGGGACAGUUGAGCGGCAGCGACCCAGCCGAGGGCGAUAAUUACUGGAUGUUCUUGUCUCGACAAACGCGUCUGGACCAGAGGCUGUCAGCGGGGGAAAAGCCACUCAGAAGCGAAUGAAGAAACAUCUAAUCUUUCACUUCACAUACAGAGGACUACGAACGAAAGGAAAGAAGAGUAAAAGAAGAAAAUGGAGUAUAAAUUACGAAAAGCUGAACCCAAGGACGUGUCUGAUAUAUUACGACUGGUGAAGGAACUUGCAAAAUAUGAGGAGAUGGAGCACCAGGUGACACUGACUGAAAAAGAACUCCUUGAGGAUGGAUUCGGUGACACCCCGUUCUACCAUUGCAUCAUCGCAGAAAUCCAAGGAGAGACCAGCAGUGACGCUCCGAAGGUGGUGGGAUUUGCCAUGUACUACUUCACGUAUGACCCCUGGGUCGGCAAGCAGCUGUACCUGGAGGAGUUCUACGUGAUGGACGAGUGCAGAGGGCUGGGCAUCGGCUCAGAGAUCCUGCGGCAUCUCAGUGAUCUGGCGAUGAAGACGCGCUGCACCGGCAUGAUGUUCGUCGUCGCCGAGAACAACGAGCCGUCCGUCCAGUUCUACAAGCGGCGCGGCGCCGAGGACCUCUCUCAGGAGGAGGGCUGGAGGCUCUUCAGGUUCGACAAGAGCAGCCUCGUCAAGAUGGCCACCCCGUCCGAGGAAUGACGUGAGGCCCCGCGCGGAGAGACGGAGGGAGAGGAGGAAAACACGAGAGUCUGACUCCUCAGAUCGUCUCUCCAAUCAGACGAGGGUUGAUUCACAGUUCAGCUUCUAGAAAGGGCGAUGAAGUAUUUCUGUGUGUAGUUAACAUUAGCCAGCUUUUUCUUCUCUUUGCUUUCACGCUUUUGUCAGUUUUUGACAUGUAACCGAGUCGCUUCUUGUAACGUUUGAUUAUUCAUCAUCGUUAUCGGUGCGUUUGAUGUCAAGAAGAGUUAAAAUCACUUAAGUUUGCAAUAAAACAGUAACUGAUCACA